AUGAGCAGGAUUCUUCUAAGAGGUAUUCAAUGCCAUGCCUGUCGUCAGAAUGUCAUUCGAUCCUUUGUUUCUGCUUCUGGCGUGACAAUUACUCCUCCAGCGAUUGGUUCAGUUUCGACAUUUAAUCCACAUCUAUCUGGAAGCUUUCCAACCCGGCGUGUAGAGCUUUUCUCAAGCAAGGCCAAAGAUGAUUCCUCCCUGGCUGCUGAUUCAGUAUCCGAAAACUCCGCUGCCCAAGAGGACUCAUAUCCACAAGAAAAUUCCCAGCAACAUGUCCCUUGGUACCUGCAGGAAGAGCUGCAAGAGAUGGCACCACACCCGAUGAGACAGCAGCAAGAGUUACCUCCGCUUCCAGAAAAUCCACCUCCAAUUCUAAAAGUUCUUCUUGAGUACAUAUCUGCUGAUAUUGGCCUCGAUAAUCUCAACCUUCUCGACCUUCGCGCACUCGAUCCCCCCCCUGCUCUGGGAGCAAAUCUGAUUAUGAUUUUUGGGACCGCUCGAGGCGUCAAACAUCUCAAUGUGUCAGCGGAUAGAUUUUGUCGAUGGCUACGGACUACCUAUAAGUUACGACCUGAUGCUGAUGGCCUUCUGGGGAGGAACGAGCUAAAAAUCAAACUCCGAAGAAAAGCUCGGCGAGCAAAGCUAGCCAAGCGCGCCGGAUCAACCCUUACACAACCGGACGAUGGCAUUACAACCGGUUGGAUAUGUGUCGAUGUAGGAAUUGUUGAAGGUGGUCAACUUAGCAAGCCAGAGGGGGUGCAAAAGGCUGGGUUUGUUGGUUUCGGAACGGUUGUUCAGGGUACUCGAAUUGUUGUCCAAAUGAUGACGGAGGAGAAGAGGGAAGAAAUUGACUUGGAGAGUCUUUGGCGUCAGACUCUUGAAGAAAAUUCCAUGGAGAAUCAAGACCUCCCUAAACCUCAGGCGGAAGAACCUCCACAAGUGGUGGGUUUUACUCAUGAACCUUCAACUAUUACAACGGCUGACUUCAGCCAUCGAAUUAGCCAAACACCCCCAAUUCGAGCCAACUAUGAACAACUGAGGAGUAUAUCUACAAGUUUGCAUCGGCUACGAGAUAAUAGAGGACCUGCCACGGAUUUUGUUCCCACAGGCACAGCGGCAGCAACUAAAUCUGCUGAAUCAAACUCGAGCCAGGUAUCGUUACCAUCCCUUUUCAACUAUUUAUCAAACCUCGAACCCGAUAAAGCUAUCGAUGAACUGGGGCAAGGGGUGGACGAUAGAACUUCUACAGGUUUUUUACAAAAAUUUUACGAAGAACUCGCAAGAGCUGCUCCCCAAAUAGCCUCCACCCAAAGACUAGAACUUAUGUGUACUGCAAUCCUUCUUCAACAUUCUGGCUAUCGCAAAGACAACCUCUUUCAAGCAUUCAAGGAGCAUAUCGUUUCAAAUUACCCUUUACCGCGGGCUCUAGUCUUGCGGCUUCUUGAUGCGUUGCUCGCAUUCAAAGCCGAUCCAAACUCGAAUCCCCCAAGACUACGUCUUCCCAGUGCAGAUAUGGAAUUGGCAUUGCAACUUAUAGAGAAUGCAGCUCUCAGGGGCGCCAAUAUCUUCCAUGCAGACUUCCUCAUCAGAGUCUUCCUUGCCGUCUCAUAUAGAACGAGAGUGUAUGCGGUGAAGCCGGAAAAUCUCCACAGUGCGGCAAUUACCGGAAAUCGCAUUCCUGUUUCUAUCGACGAAUUCGAGUCUGUGCAGCGCAUUCAGACGCGCCUAGCUAGCAUUAUUAGAGCUGCGAAAGUUGCACUUGGAGAGAAAGAAUACUUAGACAUACUUCGUGUGCACUCCAACCAGGGCGAGUAUGCGAAAUUCUGGAAUGCAUGGGGUGAAGUAUCCCUUCAAGGCAUUCAUCGAGGGAAAUCGUUUUAUCUGUUUCUCUUCGAUCUCCACGCAGAAUUGGGGGAUUGGCAACAGUCCAGGACCACACUUUUGAACUGUAUUCCAAUGAUGUGGAGGGAGGAUCCGCCAAUUUUCUUUGAUGCUGAGCUAGCAGAGGCUGUGUCAAAAUGUAUUGCCCUCGCAUAUCCAGAUAUAGACGACAGAGUCCAGCAAAACUUGCCGGCUCUGAUCGUCAAGACGUGGCAUCGCUGUCGAAUUGCAAUACAAAAUCAAAAAAUGAGCGAGCGUAAGGAGCGUCUGAUUCAGGCAGAGCUGGGCACGCUGCCAGAAAACUAG